GUCAGCGGCUCAAGACAUACACAUGCUGUCAGCGUGUUUUCAACACAGAAGUUAGUGCUAUACAGUGUGUCUUAAUAACAUAAAUACUUGGUUUGGAAAAGAGUGCUUGAGGAAUAGACGCGCUGAAGCGGAUAAAAUGGAUAAUGCUUCCAAUCUUUUCCCGAGACAACCAGAGAAAAGCUUCAGAGUUUUCUCCAUCUCUUCUGAUGAUGCCAUUUAUUUAUUGGUCGGGACCCAGACGCCUCGCUUGCAGAGCUCUUCUAUUGCUGAUUUGAUUAUUUUGAUGGGGUUUUUAAUAUAUCAGUUGCUUGUAGACCAUCUCAGCAGGUUCGAUGCAUCUUUGUGAGAUGUUGUUCGUUUCAGUCCGACCUGCUCCGCCCAGUGAAACUGAAAAUACAGGAGAACACAGCGCCAUGAGUUCCUGCUGAGCACACAUCCCAGACAAGGGCUUCCACAGGUCUCAGAAAUCAGUGACCAUUUGACACAAGAUCAACAUCAAAAUGCGAUUGCUUUGUCUGUUCCUGCUGGUGGCCAGCAGUUCAUGCUGGUUGUUUACUAAAGAGGAUGACAAGAAGGAAACAUAUAAGAAGGAAAUUCACAAGGAGGACAUUUACCAGAAGGAGAAUUACAGAAAUGAAUUUCUUGGGUCAGUGAUUGGAAUAGACCUUGGGACAACCUACUCAUGUGUUGGAGUGUUCAAGAACGGCCGUGUGGAGAUCAUCGCUAAUGACCAGGGAAACCGCAUCACUCCAUCAUACGUGGCCUUCACCACCGAAGGAGAGCGUCUCAUCGGAGAUGCUGCGAAGAACCAGAUGACCUCUAACCCCGAGAACACCGUCUUUGAUGCCAAGAGGUUGAUCGGCCGCACAUGGGGAGACUCGUCUGUGCAGCAGGACAUUAAAUACCUGCCCUUUAAGGUGAUUGAGAAGAAGAACAAGCCUCACAUCCAGCUGGACAUUGGAUUAGGCCGGAUGAAGACUUUCACCCCUGAGGAAAUCUCGGCUAUGGUUCUGACUAAAAUGAAGGAGACUGCAGAGGCUUACCUGGGAUAUAAGGUCACACAUGCUGUGGUCACUGUUCCCGCUUAUUUCAAUGAUGCCCAGCGCCAGGCCACUAAAGAUGCAGGAACCAUCGCCGGUCUGAACGUCAUAAGGAUCAUCAGUGAGCCAACCGCUGCUGCCAUCGCUUAUGGUCUGGACAUAAAGGACGGUGAGAAGAACGUCCUGGUGUUUGAUCUCGGUGGCGGCACCUUCGAUGUUUCCCUGCUCACUAUUGAUAAAGGCGUCUUCGAGGUGGUGGCCACUAAUGGAGACACUCACCUCGGCGGGGAAGACUUCGAUCAGCGUGUCAUGGAGCACUUCAUCAAGCUCUACAAGAAGAAGACCGGAAAGGACAUGAGCAAGAACAUCCGUGCCGUGCAGAAGCUGCGUCGUGAGGUGGAGAAGGCCAAGAGAGAGCUGUCCAGCCAGCAUCAGGCACGCAUCGAGAUCGAGUCCUUCUUUAAGGGAGAAGACUUCUCUGAGACACUGACCCGCGCCAAGUUUGAGGAGCUCAACAUGGACUUGUUCCGCUCCACCAUGAAACCAGUGCAGAAGGUUUUGGAAGACUCUGACCUGAAGAAAUCUGACAUUGACGAGAUCGUCCUGGUCGGAGGCUCCACUCGUAUUCCCAAGAUCCAGCAGCUGGUGAAGGAGUUCUUCAACGGCAAGGUGCCGUCCAAAGGAAUCAACCCUGAUGAGGCCGUGGCUUACGGAGCUGCUGUCCAGGCCGGAGUCCUGUCAGGAGAAGAAGACACUGGUGACCUGGUGAUUCUGGACGUUUGCCCUUUGACCUUGGGCAUUGAGACAAUUGGAGGAGUGAUGAACAGUCUUAUUCCCAGGAACACUGUUGUGCCCACCACAAAAUCUGCAAAAUUCACUACCACUACUGACAACCAGCAAGUCGUGGCUGUUGAGGUUUAUGAGGGUGAGCGUCCACUGACUAAAGAUAACCACCUCCUGGGCACCUUUCACCUGACCGGCAUCCCUCCGGCUCCCCGCGGCGUUCCUGAGAUUGAGGUCACCUUUGAGAUCGACGUCAACAGCAUCCUGCGCGUCACCGCCGAGGACAUGGGUACGGGCAACAAGAACAAGAUCACCAUCAACAAUGACAAGAACCGACUGACAGCGAAAGAAAUCCAGCGCAUGGUGAACGAGGCAGAGCGCUUCGCCAAAGAAGACAAGAAGCUGAAGGAGCGCAUCGACGCCCGCAACGAGCUGGAGAGCUACGCUUACUCCCUGAAGAACCAGAUCGGAGACAAAGAGAAGCUGGGCGGUACGCUAUCUUCUGACAAGAAGGAGGCCAUCGAGAAGGCCAUCAAGGAGAAGAUCGAGUGGCUGGAGUCUCACCAGGACGCAGAUCUCGAGGACUUCCAGGCCAUGAAGAUGGAGCUGGUGGAAGUCGUGCAUCCCAUCGUAAGCGUGCUGUACGCCAGCGCAAAUGGCUCGCUGCCAAGAGAGCAAGACGAAAGGGACGAGUUGUGAACCACCCGGACACUGUUUUCAGUCAUGUAGAUGCUCUCGCCUCUCUAGGUUUACUUAUUGAAUAUAACGGACACUUUCGUUGAAGAUGGGUGGGACGUAAAGCCUUUUCAGGAAAGACAUGUUAAGUGUUAAAGAGUAGCGUUUGUUGUUUUAUAUUCUCUUCGAUCUGGUGAAGAUUUUGUCAGCAGACUGUGAUUGUAUUGUUGCACAUUUUUAAAGAUGAUUAGGUUUACCCUCGUGCUAUAACUUGGGUAAACAGAGCCACAUUGGUUUUCAUGGAAGAAGCCAAAAAUAGAAAAAAUACGAUUCAAGGAAAAACUUAUAAUAUGUAUUGUAGAAUGUCAGAAGGAAAACUAUAUAUAUAUAUGUGAUCAAUUUAAUUCAAUUAACUACAUGUUUGUUUGUACGUAAUGCUUAUUGCUAUUUGUACUGUGCAUUUUUUUCUAUGUCUGUUUCUCAAAUUCAUUGUGAGAGUAAUGAAUAUUUCACACUUAUUUUUAAUGCUACAUCGAUUUAGUAUUUAAAUUCCAAAAUAAUAUUUUGCAUUUUAAUUUGUGUAUAUGCCUUAGCAAUCAAUCAAUUACUGUUAUUUAUAUAACGCUUUUAACAACACAGAUUAUUAUUAAUGAAUAUUAAAGAAUAGCAUGUGAAUUUUAA